UCUCACUGCCCCACAUCUAGGACCUAACUGUUACCACUGAGUGCAAAAGCUGGCAGAUGGAGAGACGUGACAGUGCCAUCUAUUCUACUGUAGAGCUCCCCACUGUAGUCGAGGCCCAGGAUGACUGCAGACUACAGCGAAAGGCGCUUCCUUCUAGGUCUUGUUUUUUCUGUCUUGUGACAAUAGCUAUGGGGCUUUUGAACAUACUCCUUAUGAGUCUGCUGCUGUACCACCAGAUUCUGUGCCACGGUCUCCAUGGUUCCACUCGUGCCAGCUGUCCUAGCUGCCCGGACUUCUGGGUGAAAUAUGGUAACCACUGUUAUUAUUUCUCAGUGGAGAAAAAGGACUGGAAUUCUAGUUUGGAAUUCUGCACAGCCAGCGAUGCACAUCUCCUUAGGCUUAUGGACAAUCAGGAAAUGAGCCAUAUCCAACAUUUAAUCAAUAAAGACUAUUACUGGAUUGGUUUGAGGAAAAAUUCUAGUUGGAGGUGGGAAGAUGGAUCAGCUCUAAACUUUUCAAGGGUUUCUUCUAACAGCUUUGUACAGAGGUGUGGUGUUAUCAACGUACAUGGUCUCCAAAGCUCUAGCUGUGAAGUUCCUUUACAGUGGAUCUGUAAGAAGCUCAGGCUUUGAUGGAUGGCCACUCGAUCCUGAGCCUCAGAUCUGUCGCAUUUCCUUAAAAAGAAGGAACUGGCCACUGGGAUGUUGGGCCAGCCACAAAUAUAUAUUUAGUGAGCGCCAAACCUGUAAGACAGGGCACUGUAUGGAAGAUUAAUGCUGCUUGCUAGGGACUGACGCUUCACUGAUGGAUUGUCUGUGAGAUUAUUUAGCCACAAGAUUAAUGAUUUACAGCCUAGAUUUAGGUAAAUUUAUGAACUAGAUAGAAGCUUGUCUUUAGGUGUUCAUUCUAUCAAUUCAUGCUGGCUGCCUUUCACUACUUGUGUCACCUCUGUCAAACAUAUUUUUUCCUUCAUCAGCAGAUUAAUGCAUAAAGAAAAUGUGUUCUACUCAGCUAUAAAAAUGAAUGAAAUUUUGUCAUUUGCAGUAACAUUGAUGAGUGGGAGGACGUUAUAUUAAAAGAAAUAAUCCAGAUACAGAAAGACAAAUCCUUUAUGUUCUUACUCAUGUGUGUAAGCUAAAGAAAAGUUGAUCUCACACAUUUGGAGAAUAGAAUAAUAGUUGCCAGAGGCUAGGAAGGGGACAGGGUAACAGAGAGAGGUUAGUUUACAGAUUUGAGGAAUAAUUUCUGGUAUUCUGUGACUAUAGUUAGUAAUAAUUUAUUAUGGACUUCAAAAUAGUUGGAAGAGAGGACUCGGAAUGCUCCCCUGUGUUUGAGGCCAUGGAUGUGCUAUUCACCCUUGCUUGAUCAUUACAAUUUUAUACAUGCAGUGAAAUUCCACUUUAAAGACUUCUCCAAAUACAGCCUCUCUAACUGCAGUGGAACAACCA